AUGGAAGGCAGCAGCAGGGGCUGGGCAAGCUGUUCUGCAAGGCCCAAGCUGCCAGGGAGCAGCUGUUUCCUGCAGGUUCAGAGGGAGGAGGGAGGGAAAGGGGACUACCACAGGGAUCUGGCAGAGUUUGCCACAGGGAAUGACAGAAAGGAGGCUGCAGAGAACAGCCUCGUGGCCUAUAAAGCUGCCAGUGAUAUCGCAAUGACAGAACUUCCGCCAAUGCAUCCUAUUCCCUUAGGUCUUGCUCUCAAUUUUUCCGUAUUCUACUAUGAAAUUCUUAAUUCCCCUGACUGUGCCUGCAGGUUGGCGAAAGCAGCUUUUGAUGAUGCAGUUGCAGAACUGGAUACGCUGAGUGAAGAAAGCUAUAAGGACUCUACACUAAUCAUGCAGUUGUUACGUGAUAAUCUGACACUAUGGAUUUCAGACAUGCAGGGCGACGGUGAAGAGCAGAAUAAAGAAGUGCUGCAGGACGAGGAAGACGAAAAUCAGUGAGACAUAAAAGCCAACAAGAGAAACCAUCUCUGACCACCCUACUCCUCCCCUCUCCACCCACCCUACUCCUCCCCUCUCUACCCAUUGGAAACUCCCCACUGUCACUGAGAACCACCAAAUCUGACUUUACAUUUGGUCUCAGAAUUUAGGUUCCUGCCCUGUUGGUUUUUUUUUUUUUUUAAACAGUUUUCAAAAGUUCUAAAAGGCAAGAGUGAAUUUCUGUGGAUUUUGCUGGUCCCAGCUUUUAGGUUCUUUAAGACACUAACAGGACUACAUAGAGGCUUUUUCAGCAUGACCGUACUGUCUCCGUGCCAGAUGUGGCAAGAUCACCAUUAGAAAUGGAAAUUACAUGUGAAAGCCAUUAGACUUGUAGCUGGUGCAGGCAUCUAAGAGAGCUUAAUCACACUGCAGAGGCAGAGGUGGGAUCACUUUUCAUUUUUCUAAUUGUUUCAACUGUAUUUUAUACCAAUGUUUGAAAGUAAUUGGGUGUUAGCUUGAGGUGGUUCAGGUUGUUUGGGGAGGGAGUCUGUUGUAAUGGUUUUACUGUAAAAAGUGUUUGAAGCUCUGCUGAAAUGUUGCUGAAAAGCAUGGUGCUGGUAACAAUUCAACAAUCCGUGGCUGCUCAUUCUUGCCUACUUGACUCUCCCACUGAAGCAGGUUAGCGUUGGAGGUGGUGUGGAAAAGCCUGCAUGCCUGUUCAGUUCUUUGUUUCUCCUCCUUCCCCCUCCCCUCCCUCGUUCCCUCACUCCUCCCCUCCUUUGCUUGCUCAGCCUCUUUUGUUCAGUAUGUGUAACUUGAAGCUAAUUUUUACUACUGGAUAUCUGACUGGAGCCACAGAUACAGAAUCUGUAUUGUUCUUACUGAAACACAGCAUGGAUUAACAUUAAAUUUAA